UCCACAGUCAGUCUGUUGUUUCAGUGCAAUCACUGCAACCUUCCUCCACCCCAGCCACCUCCAUUACAUCGCAUCGGUGCCCAGGUUCAGCUCCUUCAUGCCAUCCUGCAUCCCUUCAUCGCCACUUCCAAGCGACACAUCAGUUUGGGUCAAGCUCCUUGGAAGUCUGCCCCUCAGAGUGUUUGUGCACGUACUGGGGGUCAUGCCAACAUGGGAGGGACUGGACCGUCAAGUGGCCAGCUCUCGAGCCUACCCGCCCACCGCGCGCCACUCCACACCGGGAGCAGCGCGUGAGGAUGAUGCCAGCCAGAGAUAGAUGGACUGGCGAGGGAGGGAAAAAAGGCUGCACAGUGACACAACUAGAGUAAAGAGGAGGCGGUUGAUGAGUGUGAGUAAAAACUGAGAGAGUUGCGGAACAAAGGACAAAAAUAGAGGAGAGAGAACAGGAAAUAGCCGCUGCUGGCUGGUACCCGCACAGAUGUCCGAGGCCCGCCGGGUGCCAGCUCGACACAGUUGACCGAGGCAGAGCACACAGGAGCGGCCGUUGGAGGAGGGGGCUUCGGGGAACGGACAUCGCUGGAUCUCCUGUUUGACUGAGACUCUAAGCCAGGGCAUUGAAGUUCUCUCCGAUUACCGUAAACGUGGAAGUGGCUGUUUCCUGUGAUUGAACAGAAACCUGUUCUGCUGUCAAGUAAUGGAGUCCCCCACUGAUCUUUUCGACGACUCUGCCCAUCAGAUCCAUGCAUUUGCUCCCACUCACAGCUCCACAGACCUUCCUGGAGUCCAUCCUCAGCCCAGUGCAGGUCGCCCUCCUCCUGCCUUCAGACCCCCUGGCUUCCCCCUCAUCCACCAUCUCCUACAGCCAAGCGGAGCCCACCGGAGAAUCGGAGGGCAGCUUAACCCAAACCUGAGCACACACAGACACCUGGAGGACACAAAUUUAGAGGAAGAAAGAGGAGAGAGGGAUGAGCAGGUGGAGCAAGAGGAUGAAGGAGGAGAGGAAGAAGUGAUGGAAGGAGAGGAGAGCCUGUUGGCGGUUAAGAAGAGGCACAGCGACACUGCCCUCGCUGCAGAGUGGAGUCAAGACGUCUUGAAAGUAAAGAGGAUGAAACUGGAGAACCGGCCGAGAGACGGCGAGGUGGAGGAGGGAGUGAGGAAGCGUGAGGGAGGAAGGGAAGGGAAGAGGAGAGAGAGGGAGGAGCUUAAAGAGCAGCUGGAGGAGGCAAGAGAAAGGCUGCAGGCCCUGCAGGAGAAAGUUUGGAGGGCUUUUGGGGAAAAGCACAUGGCAGAGGAGGAGAAGAAAAGGAGGAGCAGAAACAAAGGAGAAGGUGAGGGAGAUGUGGGGAUGAUGGAGGAGGAGGAGGAGAUCACAGAAGGGUUAUAUGAUGAAGAGGACAUUGACGGUGGAGAGAUAGAAAAGGAAACUUUCUCCCUUCUUUCCGUUUCUCCAUUUGAUAGCUUCCACAAACGGAGAGAAGAGAGGCAAAAAGACAGAGAGCGAAGGAUGGAGAGAGGAAGAGGAGGGUUACACUUAGAGGGAGUGAUGGAGGGAGCGGGGUUGUGGUUGGAUUGUGGAGGGCUGGUAAGAGGAGACUGGCAUGGAGGGGUGGAAGAAGAGGGGGAGGAAGGAGGGCAGAAGUUUGCUCAGGCGCUGAAACUGGAGUUGGGCAGCGCUGUGGCUCGAGUUAUUGAUCGAGUUCUCCGCCUUUACACCGAAAUGACUGAUUUUACUCCUUCCUCCCCUCCUGCUGCUAUUUCUUUCCUCCCAUCUGAUGCAGGGAAUGAAGGAGGGAGGGAGAGAGGAGUGUGGAUGGGACUCCUUGCGAGAGGGGAGGAGAAAAUGAGAGGGAAGGAAGAAAAAAGAGGAGAGCAGGAUGAGGAAAGAGACAAGCAGAUCCAGAAAAUGAGUAACGGGAGCGUUCCUCCUCCUCAUCGCACUGAAACAUCAGAUCUUGCAAUGCCAAUGGCUGUUCAGAGGCCACCUGACAUCCGAAAAUCACACCCACUCCUCGGCCCACCCCUCUCCGCUCAUCUAAACCCCUCUCACCCAAACCUCUCCCUUCAUCACCCCUCUCUACCUCGCCCUCCUCCUCUCUCUCACCCUCCUCUCUUACCUCCAGCCCAACAACCCAAGGAACCCUCUUCCUCAUCCUUCCACCCGUCUUCAUCCUCCUCUUCCUCUUCCUCAUCUUCCUUCCCCCCACCUCCCCCACCACCUCCCCCUCCUCCCCCUCUUCCUCUCCCGCUCCUCCACUACUCCAUGCAGCAGCUCUUCUCUCGCUCCCUCCACCACCCUCAGCUUCCCCACCUCCCCCCAUCCCGCAAGGACUAUUUGAGCGCUGACCCCUUUUUGGAUUUCUCGUCUCACCCUUCGGCUCACCCCUCUUUCCCACCACUUCCCUUGCUCGGUCACCUAGACCCCUCUCUCGCACGCCAUGCUCACGGAGGAAGGGAGCGGGAAAGAGGGAUGAGAGGGGACGGAGGGAUUAGAGGAGGGAUGGAUGGAGGAGACCUCUACCUGACUGCUGGAGGAACCCAGGAGGGCUUGUCUCCCUGCCAUCUGAAGAAAGCCAAGCUCAUGUUUUUCUACACCCGUUAUCCCAGCUCUAACACACUCAAGACUUACUUUCCUGAUGUCAAGUUUAACCGCUGUGUGACCUCCCAGAUGAUUAAAUGGUUCAGUAACUUCAGAGAGUUCUUCUACAUCCAGAUGGAGCGCUUUGCACGACAGGCUGUCCGUGAGGCUAUCACCAGGGAAGGUGCACCUCGUCUGGGCAGAGAGAGUCAGCUGAGAGUGGGCCGUGACACUGAGCUUUAUCGCAUAUUAAACAUGCACUACAAUAAAAGUAAUGUCUACCAGGUCCCAGAGAGAUUCAUAGAGGUAUCUGAAGUCGCUUUGAGGGAGUUUUACUCAGCCAUAUGGACUGGCAGAGAUAGUGACCCCUGCUGGAAGAAAGGGAUCUAUAAAAUUAUCUGUAAGCUGGACAGUCCCGUACCAGAUGCCUUCAGACUGCCUGGGUGUCCUGUUGGCUGAUGAUGGAGCCAUUUUCUUCUGGUACAUGUAUACAAAUGCAUUAAUGCAUGCACAAAUACAUAAAAAAGGGGACAUUUUAUUGAAGCUUUGUCAAAGUGAGAGCUGGAGAGAGACAAAUCCAUUCAGUUCUACAUUAUUUUCAUUCAUGAUUUAUACAUUUUAAAAUAAUAACACAGUGAAGGAUUCUGCUUGACAUAGGGCGCAGGGAGAGGCACAUUCCUGCUUUAAUGGAUGGACACACACAGGCUCUAUAUUAGACCGACACACUUAGUGCUGUGAUAAGAGUCUUGUGACUGCACUUAUUGAGGAACGUGACCAUACCAUUGAAUUGAGAUGGAAUUCCCUUUCUGAACAUUCUUCACCAGUCAGUUGACUUGUGAAAUCGCAGAGCUGCUGUACUGGAAUGAUAAAACUGUCGUGAAGAGUUUCUGCAGCCACGGAGGUGGAAUGGACUCUGGUUUUUGUGAAUGGGAUCUUACCAAAUGAGGGAUACUGUAUGAAAUGUUAAAAUUUGUCUUUAACUUAAAUGGAAACUGUAUAUGCAUUCUCUGUGUUAAAUCAACUCACAAAGACUCAAUUCUUUGUACCCCCUUUAAGCCUAUGUGUGUUGAAUUUGUUGCUAAUGACUUUCAAACAUGGGCACUGCACAAAAACAUGUUAAAUCUUUCAAAGAAUCAGACCUUGAGUGUUUCAAAGACACAGAAACUUUCUGAUUCCUAUGCUGCAGCGCAAUAAAAACAAAAACACUUGCAAGUUUAGCGAUCACAUUCAAAAUAUUCCACUACUUUCCUUUUUAUAUUAGAUGUUUGUCAGAAUAAGAUCUGAUUAUUGGUUUCUGGAAAUUAACUGUUGCCUUGUGCGUGGGCGUUUUUGGAGCAUCAGGAGUACUUUUUUUAAUUCAGCACGCCUCACAGCUCUUAUAAAACAGCCAGAAGGAGACUUACCCUCUUCUUUGCACCAACAACACAAUGUUGUCAUGUGUGUCAAAGACUGUUAAAUAAUAUACAGGAACUAUUUGGGUCAUUGUAAAAUGUAAGAAGAAAUAAAUGUCCCUUGUGUUGAAGAAAAAAUCAGUUAAAUUGUUGCAGUCAGUGAGUUUAUUUUGCUUGUAUAUCAAUCCCUCCAUCCAGUAUGAAAUUAUUAUUGUACAUGAUGGCGCAAUGUAAUCAAAUGUAACAAAAAAAUCUGCCAGGAAAGCACUAUAUAUUGAUUUUUUUUCCCUUGAUGUUUACUUACUGUUAAAUUCUGUUUUCUUUUAAAGUGAUGCUAAACUAAAUUGCACAACUAUCCUGAUCAACAUUUGUAAGGGAAACUUUCACUAUAUACACUGUAUAUCACAACUAUUCUAGAAGAAUCUUUCUGUUCAUUUAAAUGUCAGAUGACCACUCCAGUGUAAGAAAAAUACUGUGGGAUUGUGUCCACAUUUAAGUAUUUGUGAGAUGUUUUUAAGUGCAUGUUUCCUAUAUUUGCAUUAUGCUUUGUUUUGUAAGCGCUUCUUUAUCUUUCAUUGCUUUAAUAGUUCUCUCUCUUUUUUAUUGUACAUAUAAUUAUUCUUUAGAUCUGUGCCUCAUUCAGACUUUGGUGAAUUUUGAUGUUAUCAGUGAAUUAAAGUGAUUCAAAGCU